UUUGAUAAGUGGUCAGACAUUCCAGCAAGCUUUUUUGAAAAUCAGUGGAAUAUUUUUUCCUAGCUCGAAUUUUCUUCAAAGUGAGUGAUAACUUGGCCAAACGAUUUUUGCUCCAAUCGCUUGGCAAAAAAUGGAGGGAACAUAGGAUAAAGCUUUGGAAUGAUUUUUAUGAUCCGAGGUUGAGUAAAACCGAGAUCAUAAAUAAUGCACCAGAAGAUAUUGCUCCUGAUCAGUGGGCUUUAUUUGUAGAAUAUCGUUUGAAGCUUGAAACUCAGAAACUUUGUAAGAGGAAUCAAGAAAUUCGGCAAAAACAAAUAAUUCCUCAUACUUCAGGUGCUAAAUCAAUUGCAAGAAGAAUGGCUGAAUUGACGGAAGAGAUGGGAAAAGAAGUUAGUAGGGUUCAAAUGUGGGACAUCACUCACAAGAAAAUAGAUGGAAGUUAUGUUAAUGAAAAGGCUAAAGAAAUAGCGGAGAAGAUUGAAGUACAUAGUAGCCAACAACCGAUGGAAUCAACUGUUAAUUCUCCUCUUGAUGCUCUUGGAGUAGUUUUUGGGAAAGAGCACCCUGGUCGUGUUCGAGGUUUAGGUAUGGGAGCUGUUCCAACAAUUGCUUUCAAGAACAACACUACAAGGAUUAGUCAAAUAAAUUUAGGUUCUUCAAAUGAUGCUGACACAUCAUCUACUUGUGGUCCAAAUGUGCAAGAGUUGGAUACCGUUAAAGCGCAAUUGCAAGUGCUAGUCUCCUAUAUUGCUUCCAAGAAAGGAGGUAAAAUUCCAAUACAAUUGGUUAGAAUGUUCCCUACUCAACAAAUCUCACAGGGAUUGGAUCAGGAGAGUGAGAUUCCAUCACCAAAAGAGUUAGGAAGUAGGUCUUCUGGAGCAAGUAAUAAGGAAGCAUGACCUUGCUUAAUAUGUUAAGACGUAUAUUAAGAAUUAUAUGUUAAGACGUAUUAUUGAAAAAUGUUACUUUGACC